GGAGCGGAGCGGGCGGCCGUCGGCGGCGGGGGCAGGUGGCGCGGCCGGACCGCCUCUGAUCGAGGCAAAAUGGCUUUCAGUAAAGGAUACCGUGUCUAUCACAAGCUGGAUCCACUUCCAUUCAGUGUGAUAGUGGAAACCAGAAACAGAGAAGAAUGUCUCAUGUUUGAAUCCGGAGCCGUGGCUGUCCUCUCUUCUGCAGAAAAAGACACAAUCAAGAAUACCUACUCUAAAGUAAUGGAUGCAUAUGGCCUCUUGGGUGUAUUAAGAUUAAACCUUGGAGACACGUUGCUACAUUAUCUGGUUCUAGUAACAGGAUGCAUGUCUGUGGGAAAAAUCCAAGACUCUGAGGUUUUUCGGGUCACUUCCACUGAAUUUGUAUCGUUACGAAUCGACUCAACAGACGAGGAUCGGAUUUCAGAAGUGCGCAAAGUUUUGAACUCGGGAAACUUUUAUUUUGCGUGGUCUGCCACUGGUGUCAGUUUAGAUCUCAGUCUCAAUGCACACCGCAGCAUGCAGGAGCACACCACUGACAAUAGGUUUUUCUGGAACCAGUCACUGCAUUUACAUCUGAAGCACUAUGGUGUGAACUGUGAUGACUGGUUGUUACGUCUCAUGUGUGGGGGAGUGGAGAUAAGGACAAUUUAUGCAGCUCACAAGCAGGCAAAGGCUUGUCUCAUUUCACGACUAAGCUGUGAACGGGCUGGCACCAGAUUUAACGUCCGGGGAACAAACGAUGAUGGUCACGUUGCUAAUUUUGUUGAAACAGAACAGGUGAUAUAUUUAGAUGACUCUGUGUCAUCUUUCAUACAGAUUCGAGGAUCUGUUCCAUUAUUUUGGGAACAGCCAGGCCUGCAGGUGGGAUCCCAUCGUGUCAGAAUGUCCAGGGGUUUUGAGGCCAAUGCACCAGCUUUUGACAGGCAUUUCCAAACUCUUAAAAAUUUAUAUGGCAAGCAAAUUAUUGUAAAUUUACUUGGGGCAAAAGAAGGGGAGCACAUGCUCAGCAAAGCUUUCCAGAGCCAUUUGAAAGCAUCUGAGCACUCAGCUGAUAUCAAAAUGGUGAACUUUGACUAUCACCAAAUGGUUAAAGGUGGAAAGGCAGAAAAACUACACAGUGUGCUUAAACCUCAAGUCCAGAAAUUCCUAGAGUGUGGAUUUUUUUAUUUUGAUGGAAAGGAAGUUAAAAGAUCUCAAAGUGGUACUGUCAGAACAAACUGCUUGGACUGUCUGGAUAGAACAAACAGUGUGCAGGCUUUCUUUGGCUUGGAGAUGCUAACAAAACAACUGGAGGUGUUAGGAUUAGCUGAGAAGCCUCAGCUGGUUACUCGCUUUCAGGAAGUUUUCCGAUCCAUGUGGUCUGUGAAUGGUGAUUCUGUCAGUAAAAUUUAUGCUGGAACAGGAGCCCUUGAAGGAAAAGCUAAGGCUGGAAAGCUGAAGGAUGGUGCUCGUUCUGUGACCAGAACGAUUCAAAAUAACUUUUUUGAUAGCUCCAAGCAGGAGGCCAUUGAUGUUUUAUUAUUGGGAAAUACCCUAAAUAGUGAUUUAGCAGAUAAAGCACGGGCUCUCUUAACCACCAGCAGUUUACGCGCAUCUGUAAAAGUGCUAAAGAGUAUGUGUGAAAACUUCUAUAAGUAUGCAAAACCGAAAAAAAUUAGAGUCUGUGUUGGGACAUGGAAUGUCAACGGGGGGAAGCAAUUUCGAAGUAUUGCCUUUAGAAAUCAGACUCUGACUGACUGGCUUCUGGAUGCACCAAAGUUAGCUGGUAUUCAUGAAUUCCAAGAUCGCAAAAGCAAGCCUGUUGACAUAUUUGCCAUUGGAUUUGAAGAAAUGGUGGAAUUAAAUGCAGGAAACAUUGUGAAUGCCAGCACAACCAACCAGAAGCUCUGGGCUGCUGAACUGCAGAAGACUAUAUCAAGAGACAACAAGUACGUGCUGCUGGCUUCUGAGCAGUUGGUGGGUGUCUGCCUUUUUGUGUUCAUCAGGCCCCAGCACGCUCCUUUUAUCAGGGAUGUUGCUGUUGAUACUGUAAAGACCGGCAUGGGAGGAGCCACUGGCAAUAAAGGUGCUGUAGCAAUUCGGAUGUUGUUUCAUACCUCCAGCCUUUGCUUUGUCUGCAGUCAUUUUGCUGCAGGGCAGUCACAAGUUAAAGAGAGAAAUGAAGACUUCGUGGAAAUAGCUCGAAAGCUCAGUUUUCCAAUGGGAAGGAUGCUCUUUUCCCAUGACUAUAUCUUUUGGUGUGGUGACUUUAAUUAUCGAAUAGAUAUUCCAAAUGAGGAGGUUAAGGAGCUAAUACGACAACAGAACUGGGAUGCCCUUAUAGCAGGAGACCAACUUAUCAAUCAGAAAAAUUCUGGACAGAUUUUUAGGGGAUUUUUGGAAGGGAAAAUAAAUUUUGCUCCUACAUACAAAUACGAUCUGUUUUCUGAUGACUAUGAUACCAGUGAAAAAUGUCGCACACCAGCAUGGACAGAUCGUAUUCUUUGGAGAAGAAGAAAAUGGCCUUUUGACCGAUCAGCUGAAGACCUGGAUCUUCUGAAUGCUAGUUUUCACAAUGACAGAGAUGUCCCUUAUACAUGGACUCCUGGUACUUUGUUGCACUACGGAAGAGCUGAACUGAAAACAUCUGAUCAUAGGCCUGUGGUUGCACUGAUUGACAUAGACAUAUUUGAAAUUGAAGCAGAAGAGAGACAGAAGGUUUAUAAGGAAGUGAUUGCAACGCAAGGACCACCUGAUGGUACUGUAAUGGUCUCCAUCAGGGGUUCUUCAGCAGAAGAAAACUAUUUUGAUGAUAACUUGAUUGAUGAUCUUCUCCAGAAAUUUGCAAGCUAUGGUGAAGUUACACUUAUAAGGUUUGUGGAAGACAAGAUGUGGGUAACAUUUUUGGAAGGAAGCUCAGCUUUGAAUGUUAUAAAUUUGAAUGGUACUGAGCUGCUAGGGAGGACUAUAAACAUAAGCUUGAAAAAUCCAGAUUGGAUCAGAAGUUUGGAAGAUGAAAUGAAUCUAGAGAAGAUUAAUAUUGGGCUGCCUUCAUCAACAAGCUCCACUUUGCUUUGUGAAGAUGCUGAGGUUACUGCAGACUAUGAUAUGGAAGGAGACAUUGAUGACUACAGUGCUGAAGUAGAAGAAAUCCUUCCUCAGCACCUACAGCCAACUUCAGGUUCUGGUGUUGGAACCUCCCCAAGCUCUUCACCACGUUCCAGUCCCUGCCAAUCCCCUACACUGUCGGAUGGGCCUGCACUCCCAGUGAGACCAAGCCGAGCACCAACAAAAACUCCUGGACCACCUGUUUCCACACACACUGAAUUUCAACUUGGUACCCAGCAGAAAGAGCCUUCCCAGAGCUUGGAGCCUAAGCGUCCUCCACCACCUCGCCCCGUUGCUCCUCCUGCACGCCCUGCUCCACCACAGAGGCCACCCCCACCAUCAGGCGGUAGGAGUCCUGCACCUGCUAGAAAAGAAUUUGGAGGUCUUGGAGCUCCUCCCAGUCCUGGGGUAGCUAGGAGAGAAGUAGAAGUUCGUAAUCAGCCUCCACCUUCCACAGGAAUUUCAAGCACAGGAACUGCUGGAUAUGGUACAACCAGACCGACUAUUCCACCUCGAGCUGGAGUUAUUAGUGCACCACAAAGCCAUGUCCGUCCCUCUGGAGGAAGACCAGCACCUGAAACCCAGACCAAGCCAGCUGAACCUCCAAGAGGCUCACCAUUGCUUCCUGAACCACUAAAGCCUCAGGCUGCUGGAUCUGCUCAGCCCACCACUCAGCCACAACCUGUGCUAAAGAUGCAGGAGCCUCUGAUACCUACAUCAUCACAACCAUCUCAGACAAGUGCCCCCCCACAAAGUCUGGAGCCUCCACAACCGCCUCCUCGUAGCCGAUCAUCUCACAGUUUGCCUUCUGAAUCCCCUCCUCCACAGCAGCAAAUUAAAACAAAUGGAAUAUAUGGCACUAAACUUGAAACACAGUUUAACAGUGACCCUUUUGAAGAUUUGUCAUUUAAGCUGCUUGUGUCAAAGAUGCAGACGUCUGCUCGAACAUCACCUGUUCCGACUUCAAACCAAAAGGAGUUCAUACAGUUGCCUUUAGCAACACAACAAAAUGCUGAUCCUUUGAACACUGUAAAUUGCAUGCCAUCAAUGCCUCCCAUUCCAACCUUUAACUCAUCCCAGGAACAUAAGCGCAGCUCUCCAAAUCCAUUUAUUUCUAGAUUGAAUUGCACAAAUCCAUUCACCGAAAGAACUCCUAAUGCUGGAAACCCAUUUAGAGUGGAAACACAACAGUCUGAAAUAACUUCACACUUCCUAGAAGGACGUGCUGCUUGCAGUCCUUUCCCUCCUCUAAAUACCCCCAGCUGUAAUACAAGCAAGCCUGUAUUUCCUGUUGAUGCAUCUGAAAACACUUUUUGCUCACGAAGUAAUUCUCUCAUGGUAAAAAAUGUACAGCCAAAAGGAUGGGUAACGUUUGAUGACGAUGAGGAUAAUUUCAGUGUAAAGCUAAAGCCAUCUAAAAGUGUUCCAGAUUUUAAGCGAAUCAGUUCCAGGAACUCAGCUGGAUCUCCAGAUUUGCUGGGCACUGAACAAAAUACUUUUCUGAGUUCAGAUUUUAAUUUUGACAAUGACUGGAACAGAAGUUCUACUGAUUGCUUCUAUACAAUGCCAGCACAAAGAGCACCUGCACCUCCUAUCCCAUCAAGAAUAACCAGCAACAGAUCCCCUGCAGAUCCUUUCACUUCUUUGGCACCUAAGGUGUCACCAACACAAGAUGUUACAGAAAGAUAGAUGUUCAAAAAUAUAAGAAUUUAUAUUUGUUGCUACAUUUAUCCAGUAGAGUAAUUGGGCAUUUGAGAUUAUUCUGUGUGCAAUAAUGUAACUGUCUAAAGCACUGAAAUGUAAUUCUACUCGUAAGCAGCCACUAUUGUCUGUGUAUAAAUUUUGAAUAUGUAUAUAUGGUAGAGCACAAAAAAAUUGUCUGAAAUGUAUUAGAAUCCAAAUGUAAUAGUGUUUGAAUAGACAGAGAAAAGAAGGAUGAGCUACUAAUCUCAUUAAAAUAUACCAAUCUUGGAAAUAUUUUUUGCACAGGGAGCUCUUUGGUUUCUAUUCCCCUUUGUGGAAUUUCAAAAAAAAGAGGCUCCCUGCUGGUAGACUCACCUCUCCCUUUUUACUGUUUUGUUAAUUGAUAUUUAUAAGUAUUUACCAAAGAGCUGCCAAAGUUUAUUGAGAUUUGAAUGUUGACAAGUUUAGAAGUUGUUUAAUUUAUAACAGAGGCUAUGGAUAUUUGUAAGGCUUAUAUUUGAAUCUGAGGCACAAAAAAAUAGUUUAAUUUCAAAAUGCAAACAAAACUCUGCAUAUUAAUAUAUUCGAUACUUGACUGCGUCAGUACAUUUCAGUUAUCAAAUCUUACUGUGACAUACACUCACUAGCAUCACUUCAGUAUAAUUCUUCCAUAUCAUCCAUUCAUUCAUCACUCGUUUAAAGAUACUUUUUUUUCCACAAAUUGUAAAGAACUGAUAGAAAGAAGUUACCCCCCAACCUCUGGAACUAAAUUCCCCUUGUGUUUUGAUACACAAAGCAGUCUUCACCAGUUGCAGACAACAUAUUGGAGUUUGAUUGUCCCACUCUCCUCUUUUGCACGUUAGGAGAGCUUUCUUGUCCUUUAGAAAGACCUGAGUGAGGGAAUCAGCAGCCAUGUUCCAACAU